GCCGGACUCCGCGUGUCGAAUGUAAACGCUCUCCUCCCGUCACUCACCUAGGAUAACAGCUCGCCCACGGCCAAUCUCCAUCCCUGAUCUCACCUUUUCGCGUCAAUUUGACGCGUCGCUGGGUGAUGGCUUCUAAUCGAGUUGAGCGGCUGCAGAUGCGGCAGCGCGGAGCAGGGACGCGCAAGAUCAAAGAAGUCGACUUUGGCUUCUCCUUAUUCGGACCUCCGGCUGAAGCAAGCUCGCAACCCGCGUCGCAGCCCACCAACAGUUUUGAACCCGCACCAACACCAGCGCCACCGCCUCAGCCUCCUCCCCUCGAUGAGCCAGCGCCUGUUGAAGAAGAAACUACAGAACCGACUGAAUCACAACCUAUCGCAUCACCAACCGGAGACAAUGCCUCGUCACAGGAACAGAGCGCAAAUCAAGCUCCAGGCAAUGCGCGCAACAACGUCUCUCCACUUCCGUCCACUGUUGAAACGGCGCCAGAUGAAGCACUCGAUGGCGGGAGGAGUAGUAAAAGAAGGAGAAUCGGUGGGUGUUACAGACUCAUUCUCACGAGUGAUUGCGCUGACGAUGAUAGAAAACCCCAUGGAGGACUCUAUACCUGUUGACACGCAGCGCGGACUAGAUAAUGGGGUUUCCGAACGUGCCGUAGAAGAGCCUACAAGACCUACAAGCGACGAAGGAAAAGCGAUGCCCAUUAGAACGAGCACAUCGUCGGCUCAGAAUCAGACGCAAGACCGAACUCCGUCCGCCGAAAUCGCGCCGGCUCCUGCAGAUGGAAGAAACAAGGAUAUUUCGAACGCUUCAGAUGUGCCUUCCGCGACGGAUGAUAACGAGGUAGCGGCGCCGAGAGGGUCAGAGCCUAUUGCAGCAAACGGCACAACAUCGCCACCAUCAGAUACAGCGAGGACCAAUGGCAAAGGACGAGGGAGGAAACCUCGAUCGUCACCGGAACAGAAUGAUGUCUCGAACGCAGAACCCGCCGAGAAGGAAGACGCACAACCUACGAUACCCUCAGAGCCUACGGUUAUACCGCAAGAGCAAGAUGCCUCCGCAGCAAUUGAACCCCCGAAACCCCAGAGGAAAAAGCGCGGACGGACUCGAACACCCGCAACAGUUCAAGCUUCCGAGAUUACAGCCCCUACGGAUGAGGCAUCGGCCGAGGAUGGAGACGCAGGGGCAUCAUCAAAGAAUGACACCGCGAGAAAAGCUGUUCGGGGCCGGAAGAGGAAAAACCAAGAAGUCACGGAGAAAAGCGUCAGUCCAAGACAAGGCUCGGAGGAGCCUGACGCAAACCAGGUGGAGAAGGUCACUGAGACACAGGAUGCUACUGCUGCUCCUGAGCCUGUCGGUCUUUCGAAGGACCAGCCAAAUCGGGUGGACAAAGGGAAGAAGCGUGCUGGACGGCCGAGGAAAGUGGUCAGUCAGACCCCGGAGCCUGCAGAACAACCAUCUCGUGCGGAUACAAGAAAGAAACGGGGAGAAGCAGAACUGGAGCGCGACCAAGAGCUGGAAGAGCAGCCAGAGUCGGAUAAGUCUCAAGCUGCCAAGAGGAAGAGGCAACGCGAACAACCAGAAGGCGGUGCAACUCGAGUUGAUAAAAGGAGAAAGAGAAAGGAGCGGGAUAGUGAGGGUGGACGACCAUCAGAGCAAGAAGAACAGCCGGAGUCCGAAGCCGAAACAUCCCAAACCGCGAAAAGUAAAAAACAACGGGAAGAAAAGGAGCAGCAGCGUGGCCGACGACAGCAACCGACCCCAGAGCCAGAACCCGAAAACCAACAGGAAGCUCAAGUUGAUCGCGAACAGGCCAAAACUGCUAAGGGCCGGAGAGGCCGACGUCCAGAAACCCAGGCCGAGGGAGAGCCUGCAGAAGAGACGUCCCAAGCCCCGAAACGCAAGCCACGCCAACCGCGAGGCGAAACUGUACCGGUUACGGUUCAUCGAAUUGUCAACGCUACUUCUCUUGGCGGCGUGCCCGCCCAAGACGAGUCUGCUAGCGAAGAGGACGCCGAAAGCCCCGAAGAGAUGACAACUAGGCAGGCGGACAAACUCCCUACCCGAAGCGGCGUCAACGCUGCGGAUGUUCUCGCCCAGAUUUGUCGCGAAACGUUGGAGAAGACCUUGACAACACUGAAGAACGGAAUUGACAACGAGGCCAAUGCUGCACGACGCCAGGAAUGGACCCUCCGCCGAAAAGCAGUGGAGGCGUUCGGGACUGAACUCGAGGGUCGCCUUUUCGAGCUGAGCGAGAUGCUCGAUAGUAACUUCAUGCUCGGCGUCAAGGUAAAGAAGGCCAAGCGCAACAUGAUGGACCUUCGAGCUCGACUCGAUCAAGUUCGGAGGGAGCGAGAGGCUAUCGCGCUGAGAACGGAUGCUGUGCGUCGGGAGCAUAUGAUAGCGGAGAAAUCGCGAAUGGCGCGCUCUACGAUCAGUCACUCCCUGCACAACCUCGAUCUCGCGCUCGAGCGAGGCCAGAAUCGCACAACCGGCGAAGACGAAUCACUCACAGCCGGCCUGGAGUUUCGUCUUCGCAAUGCCGCGCAGAAUGUCAGCUCGACGGCACCGGGAGCCCAUGGCGGCAUCUUGAAUCAAAUCAAAAGGUUCAAUGCGCAGCUGGAAGCAACUGCACGGCAAUUGGAGGGUUGAUUCCAAUGUCGGUAUAUCAGCUUCGAAGGAUAGUUAACUUAAGUCGAAGUCGAAGUCUCCACUGUGUCCAGAUCAGGCCCGUCAAAAGACUAGGAAAGUCGAAGCCGGUCAUUCCUGGGUAGGAAAUUCCUGCGCAGCUAAAGCUUCAUCGACUUGAUGCUCGAAAGCACAUUUGGCGCCCGUGAGCAAGUACACCAACUGGCGUGUGGACCCGUGCGGUGCUGCCCCUAGACUCGCUCAUCAUCUUCGACCUUCAAAAGGAGCCGCGCGCGACAGUCGCUCCGUUGCGCAAUCUGACUCGCUGGAGCAGAUCCCCAGGCGAUCCAAGACAUACACAGCACGGCGGUAGACAGUCACUCAAGCAUAUGCUUAGGGUGAACGAACUCCUAUUCUAAGCAUCACGCCGAAGAGACGUUGAAAGCAAAUAGAAUAAUGGCUGGAGAUUGCAUUAAUGCCAUGCGUGGCUGUAGGGCGUGAUAAGCAAGUCGAUGAAUUCAGCUAUGGGUCUGUAGUCGUUCAGUCAUUCAUGACACAGCUCAAGGUGCUUAACCAUGACGAUUAUACUAGUAAACAUAAAAUCCACGAGUAUAAUUGUACAAAAUGUUCAGUCUCGGCAUAAUAGUAAGAUAUCGAAGUAAAGUCGCCGCUGCAAUGGAAUAGAGGCUAAAAUGGCAUAAAAAAAAGAAGAAAUGGACACUCCGGGAAUUGAACCCGGGACCUCUUCAAGAGUUGAUUGCAAAUGAAGCGUCAUACCACUAGAC